AGAGUCGUUACUCGACGUGCUCGCUUGAAGCAGCACGUAUUGUGUGAAGGGAGAAGCUUUGCUAAUUGCUGGAGGCACGAAGGCUGGAAAUUGAACGGUCAGUCCUCGGGCGACGUGUUCUGCGUGCCUGCCUGCAAUUCAAAACAACAACGGCUGCCGCCCUCUCGUAGGUUCUGCUGCCAACACGCAAACCGCAAGAAGUGGCAGAGAGGGAUUGGUCGACCGCAGAUGGCGUCGAAACGUUGUUCAACUCAUGGUCGUGAAUAGCAUUCUCAAUCCUCGCCAUAUUUGGUCGCCGCCUCAAAGAUGAGUGCUUUGCAAAACAUCCAUGGUUUGAACGGAGUCGGAGAGAACCAAGGCAGAGAUCAGCGGCAACCACAACACGAGCAAGGAGGAGGAGGAGGAGGAGGAGGAGGAGGAGAAGGAGGGCACCUGCUGCUGUCGGCGUCUCAAAAAGCAAUCCGCGACCUGGCCUAUGCACUGGAGAAGGAUAGCGAUGAUUGGCACUCGGAGAGAGAGAAAUGGGCCAAGGAACGGGCGGCGCUGGAAGCCAGCCUGGGCUACAAGGAGAGGAAGGCCGACCCUCUCAUCAUGUCCGAACGGUCUCUGACACUACAACACGCCAUAGUACCGCCAGAAAACCAAGCCAAUGCGAUGACCUCCGCUUGUGCGUGGCAUUGUUUUGCUCUCGUCGCAAGCAGCCACAUGCACAUGCUGAAGAAAGAAAACAAGAGGCUGGCCCGCGUUGUCGGUGACGCCAAGCGCGAGAACGAGCAGCUUGCACGCGAAUCAUCGCGCCUCAGGGACGAGAAAGCGGACCUGCUUGCACGAAACGCCAGGCUUGAUGCGCGGAACCUUGAGGUGCGGACACAGAUCGAGGCGUUGGCGGAGCGGAACCGCAAGCUCAAGGCUACCGUGGAGCGCGAAUUGCUUGGUGACAUCAACCCCAACUCAGCCACCUUCGGCAACAGCAACAACAGCAAGAGGCCGGCGGCGGUUGAUCAGAAGCCCCAAGAAGCAGCAUCAUCGUCGGUGCAACUCGAAGGUGGCAUCCAGAGCAUCGUUGUACCCAACCCCCGCCAUCGCCCGGCUGAGACUAUCGCCCCCGGCCGCGGUAGCAACGCCAGCACGCACCGACGGCGACGGCGACGAAGCGAGUACAGCGAUACCGACGAGGUCGUCACGCCGCGGAGUACGGCUCCCGGUGAAGACCACGAACCGCCGCCUGCAGUGACAGCAGCGUCAACGCGAAAUCACUCGGAGGCCGUGGGCCAAGGGGGGUGGCGUCUGGCAACGGAGGCGGCCAAAGCAGCCCACACGAUUCGGCAAGGGUCGGGAAUGGUCGAGGCGGCCCCCCGUGGUGGUGGCAAAGGCGGCCACACGGGUGGAGGGGGCGGACAGACGCGCGGUUCCGGAAGGGUCGAGAGUAGCCCGCUGGAAGAGGAAUGCAAAGAUGCGAGCGUACGUGACGACGAAGCCCUCCCUGGCUAUGACUCACGCCACCGCGCUUCUCCUCAUGGACCCCACGACGGACAAGGCCUUCCCUCGGGAGAACGCAGGGGAAUCCGAAGAGACCGCAGCAGGUCAAGCGACAGCUGCGGCAGUGGUAGACACGGGAGGAGUGGCAGAAACAACAGUGCUACUUUGUCACCCCGUGCCCCCAUCAACGAUACCGGUCGCCGGGAAUACGCCGCCCCACCAUCGCCACCCCCGCCCUCCGAGCAGACGUCAUCGGCACCCUCGAACCACCUCAUUCCAAGAGUCGCCGUCGCUGCCGUCGACUCUGCACUCACUGAUCCCCACCAAGCGGCUCGACUCGCCUCUGUUCACUCUUCGACGUCGAAAUCGUUCUGCUCAUCCUCGUCGGGAAGGAAAAGAUCAAGGCUGUCACUCGGGGGUGGGGCCGAAGAGGGGCCGUAUACCUCCGGCGGCCGUGCCGUGGAAAUCACGGAGGUUCUGGAGGCUCCGCGGCCACGUUCGUCAGCGGCACGGACUGGGCGCGCUUCGCCCGACUCCCGGCGGGGCCAUUCUUCGAGGAACGCAGUGAAGGCGCUGGACAAAGCGCCGACGUCGAAAGCGAAGAGUAGGGAGCAGCCUAUUUUGGAUGGCCCCACCGCGGGAGCAAGGCCGGGCGGAAACUCUGAUGGUAUUCAGACCUUUCCGGGAGCCCUAUUGGCAGCGGAGAGGAUUGGGUCUUCGCGCGACGGUGUCGGUAGCAGGGCGGGUGUCGGGGGAUUGGGAGAAGGUGGGCGGCCGGGUGGGAUGCAGGUAACGGGGAAGCACCAGCGACUACCCACGAAGCAGACCUCACAUCAGCAGGAUCCGCCGCAACCCACUUUGGACCAGCAAGGCGCAAUGGGAGGUAGCUCGUCGUCGGCAUCGUCUUCGACAGUCUCGUCGAUCCGCAUCUCCCAAGACAGAUCCGACUCGGACCACGUGCAAAAACAUGAGGCGCGUUUGCAUCGCGAUCUCGACCAGCUCGGACGAAAAAAUAAGGGCACGUUUGAGACAGCGGCGAUGCGGGAAGGGUUAGAAGGAGAACGGGUCGUCGCUGAUGGUGACGAUGGCGGCGGCGGUAGUGAUGCGGGCACAGCCUCUUCAACCGGCCAUGACGUGGUUUACCCUCGGUUGACUAUGGCCGCUGUCAACAGCCCCAGCAAGAAGAAGCCCGGGAAACGACGGCAGCACCAGCACCUGCACCAGCACCAGCACCAGCAAGAUGCCAUGGUUGUUUCUUCCGCUGGAGCCGAUCGUCAGGGCUAUAUGCGACGCAAGGGUGGCCCAGUGGUUGGCGAUGGUGGUGGUGAUGGUGCUGCUUUCGGCGGCAGGCUCGGAGAAGUCGGGCGGCUCCCCUCACCGUCUCGCCUGUUGGAGGCAAACGACGGAAGCGGGGCCCGCGGUAGUGAUGGCAUUGGGAAUGCCGGUGCACGAAACGAUGAACUUCCCGUGGAAGGGAACGCCGGAAACGAAAAGCCCGCCCCCCCGGAACAUUCUGACGAGGGCGCCUCACACCAGCGACGAUUGUCAAAACCCACAAAGAUCGACACCCCGGGGGAAGAGGUUGGCAGCAGGGAACGGGUAGGUUCUUCCAGCAACAAUCGGGCGGCUGCGGUGGCUACGGCUGUGGCAAGGCAUCAGGUUGUAGCCAAUCCCUAUGCGACGGCCGGGGUGACCAGCCGGGGGGGGGCGGGCCGAGGAGGAGGAAAACGGGCCCGUGAUGACAAGCCGCCCAACUACAAGUUCCAGGAGGUGGUCAGAGACCGAUCCAGAAGAGCGAUGAUGAAAGGACACGACUGCGAGCACUGUGCAGCGUACCUAGCGGCGGUGGGGGGGUCUCCAGGAGAGCGAGAGGCGAUUCUCAAUUUGUGCUCACGGCACAAGUACACCGAGGCGAACGGCCGGCCGGCGGAAACCCCCGAUGGCUUUUGGGACCUCUCUUUCGCUGACAGCAUCGACCCCGAUAAACACUAGAGAAGGGACAGGGGCGGUACAACAACCGUGCAAGGGGGAUGGGGACAAAAGCCUGGGCAAGUCGCGGGCGAUGCCUCCUCCGUCCACUCUUGAUUCUCGGUCGGAUGGAGGUUGGCAGCUGUUUCGGGUGCUUUAUAUGCCCGCCUCCUCAUGCCCGAGGGCAGAUACGACAGAAGCGGGCAACACAAGUACCACGCAGCGGAGACGAGCAGGCCAGUCGCUAUUAUGGGCGCACCAUGACGGGGCCAACUGGAGUUUGGAAUACGGAGGGGCGGCGAGGUAUCGGCGUGGGCGCGGCGGAGGUGUUGGUGGCAGCAUCGGCGGCGGACGCGACACACUGUGCUUUGA